GGGAACCCCUGGGGUGGGAGCCCCCAGGAGAGCCGGUCUCCUGGGGCGGGGGGCGGCUGCCUUGCUCCCCCGCUCACAAUAAAAUCCGGGCCAGGACUGCUGGGCCCACUCCCCCACUGCCAGCCUGCCCCCCUCCACCAGAGCUGAGAGUCCUGCUGCACAGAGGAGGAGGCCAAGUCCCCAGGCCCCUGCUCUGGCCCCUCCCUUCGCCGGGCCCUCCCCACCCCCCACCAGCCUGGCCGCCUGCAGGUAUCAGACCGCAGCUGCAGGGAUCUGUGCAGCGGCACGGGGUGGGGGUGGGGGUCACACCUAUGCCAGACCUCACCCUCCUCCUCUGACCCCAGUGACACGCCUCUGGGGCCCUGGGGACAGGAGAACCCGCCUGAGUCAACCCUUCAAACCCGCAGUCCCCAUCCUGGGAACAACUUCUCCUUGUUCCUUUAAGGUCCUUUGUCUAGAUUUGCCCUCUCGCCCGGACGCCUGACACGCCCGCUGGCCCUUGGGGGGCGGGAGAGGGCAGGUGGCUGUGGUCUGUUCCACACGAAGCGCCCGGGGGCCAGGCUGUCUCACCACUGCCCUGGCCCCAUGCUCCUCGAGUCUGUCACCAGAUGAGAUUGUGGUCUCCCCCCCCACAAGAGGACACCGCCUCUGAAAGGGACAAAGGAGGACCCCAAAGCCCAGCCACAGGAGUACAGAGUGUGAGCUGACUUUUGGGGCUGACAGUCACCUAAGCACAAAGGCACGGUUGGCAUCAUGCUCUGGGCUGACAACACAUAAAAUCAAUCCACAUCACUGCCAGCCUCUGAGAGAGGUCCCCUGGAGCAGGUGGGACCAGAGCCUCACCUGGAAAGAGGACGCCCCGGCCACCCAGGUGGCACGAGCCUGUGGCCGCAAAGGUGUGAACCGUGUGGGGCAGGACUCCCGUCCGCUUCCGGGGACCUAGGAGCAGCCGGGACUUCCCACCAGCCCUGCUCGGCUCCCAGGACCUCACCCCUCCUGUCUUGCUCCUGCUCCUGUCCAUUCCCAUCACGAAACCUUCCCCUUCGCUGCCAGUCCGGCCGAGGACUCCCCUGAACCUGCACCCUGGCGUGAGCAGGAGGGCUUGCCCAGGCCAGACCUUCGAGGGCAGCCAGACCUUUUGGUUUACCCCAUGGCGUAGGAGGGUGAGGCCACGUCUCCAGGGUGGCAGCCAGGUGUGGGAUGGAGCAGGGGCAGCUGUGACUGGAGGCCAGUCUGGAGGAGGGUGCAGCGGCUCAGGUGUGAGUGCAGGAGCCAGAAGUGGGAGUCCCCAUAGGCUCUUUUCGGUUUAGGAUCAGAUGCUGUUUUAGGGACAAAGCAUUGGCCACAGCCACCCUGAUUUGAUAUCCUGCUUUCUUCCUGAUGAGAGGUCGUGAUGCAGGAAGCAGAGCGAGGGCUGGCUCUGGGGUGCUUUGCAGCUAAAUGCCUCCCUAGUGAGGGCAGCCGAGGGUGGGCCCCAACUCCUCGGCCAGGUUCGCACUGUCUUGCCCGGUCCCUCAAGGGAGAGCCAGCCAGGCCAGCUCCUACUCUCCCGGCCACAGCCGCAGCCUCCUGCCCCCCAAGACCUUCUGACACCAGAUGCUGGCUCUCUCCUCAGGGCGGCCUCUCUGAACCCGCUCCCCCUUAGGGCUGUAGUGAGGUCCAUGGCGAGCGGGAAGCCCCUGCUGUCAGCCACACACUUGCUGUGUGGCCUUAACCUUGACCUUGGCUGCUGCAGCUAUGCCACAUGGAUAGUAAGCGCAGCUGUACUCAGUUUUGAGAGCUGGUUUUAGGAGUUUAAAUGGAAUAAUCUGUGGUAACGUGCUUAAAACACACUGCUACAGCCUCAAAAGCUGGUUACACCUGUGCAAUAAACUGUUAUUCACUCCUUCAAGAUGUGUGUUCGUUGGAGUUCCCCAGUGGCCUAGCAGUGAAGGAACCCGCAUUGUCACUGCUGUGGCUUGGGUCGCUACUGUGGCGCAGGUUUGAUCCUUGGCCUGGGAAUUUCUGCCUGCCACAGGUGUAGCCAAAACACCCACAGUGGUUCAUUAAGCACCUACUGCCAGGGGCCGCCGUGUCUGCCAGAAAGCGAGGACCUCCCUGCUCCCGUGAGACCUGCAGCCUUGUCAGGACCAAUGGGAGGCCAGGCGAGUGCAGCGCGGCGAGAUUGCGUGCGCUUGAGCUUGAUGAACCGCGUUGUUGCGCUCACUGCCAAGCCUGCCGCCACCAACCCACAGACUCAGUGCUCAGUGGGAGGACACGGAGUGGAUAGGAAUUUCAGUAAAUGAGUGAAGAUAAACCUGCUUCCUCUCAGGCCUGCGGUGCAGCAGCUCCCAGCUCCCCAGGGCUCAGUGAGUGUUUAACCGAACACAGGGCUCCAUGUACCUUGGCAGCUACGGCUGUCAACUGCCCGGCCUCUGUCCCCUGUACCUUGGGUCUGCAAGACACUCGGUCCCACUCGAGGCCAGUGAGCACCAACCUUGCGGCCGCAGCUCUGCUUUCCGGGGGUGUCUGCGCCAGCCGCUGGGAUCGUGCUCCCUGCCUGGCCCACCGUCCCCUCUGGAAAUCUGAGGCAUCUUCAGAUGCCCCCGUUCUGCCCUCUCACAGCCCACGUUGCCAUGCUGUGUAGGCACCACGGCCCAGGGCACUGCAGCUGGUUCGGGGCAGUGUCUCUACCUCUAGGAGGGCCUCUUGGUGAAACAGGUGCCCUCCCGUGUUCCUGCUGGGAGCGCAAAGUGGUGUCAUGCCUACAGAGGGGGAUUUUGUGGUGUCUAUCAAAUGACCCUGGCCUUUGCCUCUGUUCCAUCUCUGGGAGUUUACGCCUCUGCAGUGGUGCUGAGAACACCAUUGUUUGUCACGGAAGACUGGAAACCCCCAGUGUCCAUCCAUAGGGGUGUGGUUGUUAGGAAUCCACAUAAAUGAAAUGGUUUGCAGCCACUUAAAAACGUGGAAGUUUUCCAGCCAGGUCCUAGAUAGCACACGGUCACCAGAACAUGCUAUCGAGUGAAAAAAGAUGUGAAAGCAGGAGUUCCCGCUGUGGUGCAAAAAGAUUGAUGGCAUCUUGGGAAUACUGGAACACAGGUUCGAUCCCCGGCCCAGCACCAUGGGUUACGGUUCUGGCAUUGCCGCAGCUGCAGCUUAGAUCACAACUACAGCUCAGAUCUGAUCCCUGGCCCUGGAACUCCAUGUGCCACAGCAUGGCCGAAAAGGGACAGAAAAGAAAGAUACAAAAAAAAAGACAUGAAAUCAUAGGGAUGCAUAUUACCGGGAGGGUCGCAGGGGGCACUCAUGUCCUACCUGGACGGAGCCCAGUGUCACUAUGGCAGCCAGCCUCCCAGACAGGAGGCGGGGAGGAGGGUCUCUGGAGACAGACCACUUCUGGACACGGGGCCAUCGAGUGUAGGCUGGGAUGCUGGGGGCUCAGAAAGAAGAGUCUGCUGAUGCCGAAGUUCCCACCACUUUCCAGCUUGGUCAGGAGCCAGCUCCGCUCUUUGUGAAAGAGCAAAUGAUCCAGGGUGAGGUCAGCGGGAAGGGAGAAGGGGGGGGCUGGCCGAGGGUCAGCGAGAGACCCUCAGGCCGGACAGCAGGGGCUGCAGCUGGGAACCUAGAGGGCCUGAGGGCACCCCCAGCCCCAACUUAUCUCCGGGCUCCCCUGCAGCCCCAUCCAGGAUUGCUGUGGUUUCCUGCUGGCGCCUCUGGUCUCCACAGCCAUGGCCCCCCCACGCGGCAUUAAUGGCUCAGCCUGGGGCCCCAGGGACCUCCCCCGCCCCCAAGACUGCUCUGCCGGCCCCCCAGCCCCCUCACCGCUGAAACCCAAUCCUCUGCAGCAGCUCAGGAUCAGCAGAACAGCCUCCAGCAGAGCGAGCCACGCCAGCCACGCCGGCUGCAUCCUACCUGGCCUCUGCUGCGGAGCCCCCAGCCUGGAGAAGGCUGAGCUGGACCCGCCAGGCCACCACGUCCGGUCUCGAAAGGCCAGUGCCUCCCCACCUGUCCUCCACCCUCUCCUCUCCUUGCCGACCCUCCUAAUCCCCUCUCAGCCCCUCCCAGUCCUCGGAGCGACCCUCUCCUUCCUUCCAAGCCCCUGUAGCCUGGGCACCACCCCCCAGCCCUCUCGGUACCCUCACCCCGGGCUCCAGCCAUGAAGCCCCCCUCAGGGCCCGAGGAGGCCCAGCGGCCCGCCUCCGACAUCCGAGUGUUCGCCAGCAACUGCUCGAUGCACGGCCUGGGCCACAUCUUUGGCCCAGGGGGCCUGACCCCACGCCGGGGACUGUGGGCCGCAGCCGUGCUCCUAUCGCUGGCCACCUUCCUCUACCAGGUGGCAGGGAGGGUGCGCUACUAUGGGGAGUUCCACCACGAGACAGCCCUGGAGGAGCGCGAGAGCCACCGGCUCACCUUCCCGGCUGUGACCCUGUGCAACAUCAACGCGCUGCGCCGCUCACGCCUCACGCCCAACGACCUGCACUGGGCUGGGCCCGGGCUGCUGGGCCUGGAGCCCGCGGAGCACGCCGCCUACCUGCGCGCCCUGGGCCGGCCCCCCGCGCCGCCCGGCUUCAUGCCCAGCCCCAGCUACGACGUGGCCCGGCUCUACGCCCGGGCUGGGCAUGCCCUCGAGGACAUGCUCCUAGACUGCCGCUACCGAGGCUGGCCCUGCGGCCCUGAGAACUUCACCACGAUCUUCACCAAGAUGGGGCAAUGCUACACUUUUAACUCCGGCGCCAACGGGGCAGAGCUUCUCACCACCCCCAAGGGCGGGAUGGGCAGCGGGCUGGAGGUCAUGCUGGACGUGCAGCAGGAUGAGUAUCUGCCCGUGUGGAGAGACGUGGAGGAGACCCCUUUUGAGGUAGGGAUCCGAGUGCAGAUCCACAGUCAGGAGGAGCCACCACUCAUCGACCAGCUGGGCUUCGGGGUGGCCCCCGGCUACCAGACUUUUGUGUCCUGCCAGAAGCAGCAACUGAGCUUCCUGCCACCACCCUGGGGUGACUGCAGCUCUGUACCUCUGGACCCUGACUUUGAGCCAGAACCCUCUGAUCCUCUGGGUCCUUCCAGUCCCAGCCCGGUCCCAAGCCCUCCCUAUACUCUAAUGGGGUGUCGCCUGGCUUGCCAGACUCGCUUUGUGACUCGGAAGUGCGGCUGCCGAAUGAUGCAUAUGCCUGGCGGCGCGCCAGUGUGCAGCCCCCAGCAGUACAAGGACUGUGCCCACCCCGCGCUGGACGCCAUGCUGCGGCAGGACGUGUGCACCUGCCCCAACCCCUGCGCCACCACGCGCUACGCCAAGGAGCUCUCCAUGGUGCGGAUCCCGAGCCGCGCCUCUGCCCGCUACCUGGCCCGGAAGCACAACCGCAGCGAGGCCUACAUCGAGGAGAACGUGCUAGUGCUGGACAUCUUCUUCGAGGCCCUCAACUACGAGACAGUGGAGCAGAAGAAGGCCUACGAGGUGUCCGAGCUGCUAGGGGACAUUGGGGGCCAGAUGGGGCUGUUCAUCGGGGCCAGCCUGCUCACUAUCCUUGAGAUCUUGGACUUCCUCUGCGAGGUGUUCCGGGACCGAGUCCUGGGAUACUUCUGGAAACGAAAGCGCUCCCAAAGGCACUCCAGCACCAAUCUGCUUCAGGAAGGCCUGGGCAGCCAUGGAACCCAAGCUCCCCACCUCAGCCUGGGUCUCAGGCCUCCCCCUGCCGUCCCCAAGACGCUCUCUGCCUCCCACCGCACGGGCUACCUGGUCACCCAGCUCUAGACUCAGUGUCCUCAGGGCCGCACCUUGACAUCCCGGACACGUGUCCUCGCUGUUUUCACCCCAAAUAAAGUUCUAGUGC